AUGAGUCAAGAUUCUAGCAAGAAACUCACUCUUGAGAUGAAUGCUUACGGGGUAAAGGUAUUGGGUUUGAAAUCCAAAACCCCAAAAUCGUCAAGGGUUUCAAAAUCCUCUCCUCAUACUUUUGCAAUCGCAAUUGCUCAAGGUUGUCCUCAACCAUCGUCUGAUCCGAGUAAGAUGAAAGGGAAAAAGGCUCGAUCCAAGUCAGAUGCGUCCAAAGCAAAGAAGAAGAUGGUAACGAGAAGCUCUGAGGCAACCCAGGGAGAAAAUUCCGAGGCUGAAAUCAACUCAAGCACAGGUGGUGAUGUUGCUGAUUUUCGUAUCACUGAAGUGUUGGACACUCCUCUCAAGGAAGUUUUACAUGCAAAUGUAGAUCCAAUUGUUCCAUCACCAAGCAACAACCAAUCAAGCCACGGUGUUGAUACUCCCUCUGUUGAUAAAGUUAUGCAUGUCGAGGAUGUUCAGAAUGUCAUUGAGAAUUCAGAAUCUGAUGAGGUGUUGCACAACACCCUUGGUGCUUCUGCUUCUGUUGCUUCAAAGAGGAAAAAGAUGACUGUUGUUCGUAAGUACUCUACGCGUUCCUCUGGCAAGAAGUUAGGUUUGGGUUUGAGUGAGAACAAGAAGCGCAAGAAGGUCAUUAUUCUUGAUGAUGAUACUCCUGUUGUCCAGAAUGUCAAGAGAAAGGUUCACAAAGACAAUGCUGCUCCUGUUGUUGAUGAGACUCCAACUGAGGAGUUGGAUAAGUCAGAUACUGGUCCUGCUGCUCGGAAGCGCAAGAUUGGGAAACGAAUUCCAGAAAAUGUGCCUGCUGCUCCUUUGGAUAACAUUUCUUUUCACUCUGAAGAGAGUGUUGGUAAGUGGAAGUAUGUUUAUCAGCGCAGGAUUGCUCAAGAGAGGGAAUUGACUGGUGAGAUUCUGCAUUGUCAAGAAAUUAUGAAACUUCUUGAGGCUGCUGGGUUAUUGAAAACUGUUACUGAGAUAGGUGGCUGCUAUGACAAGUUGGUGAGAGAAUUUAUUGUGAAUGUGACUACAUAUUGCACUGUUUCUGGGCAUCCUGAUUUCAGGAAAGUUUUUGUGCGUGGUAAGUGUGUCCAUUUUUCACCUGAGAUCAUUAACCAGUAUUUGGGAAGGAGCACUGUUGCCACAGGAAAUGAAGAGCUGUCAUUGAGUGCUAUCACUAAAGAACUCACGGCUGGUCAGACUAUGGUAUGGCCUGCUAAAGGAUUGCUGUCUUCUACUUAUUUGAGUGUGAAGUAUGCUAUCUUGAAUCGCAUUGGUGCUGCAAAUUGGGCUCCUACCACACAUAGCUCAGAUGUUUCUUCAGGUUUGGCAAAAUUAAUUUAUCUGGUUGGAACUCAAACUCAGUUUGAUUUUGGUGAAUAUGUCUUUGCUCAAACUAUGAAGCAUGCUGAAACUUUUGCUGUCAGGCUUCCUAUUGGUUUUCCUUGUUUAAUUUGUGGGAUUAUUUUGAGUCAACAUCCUCAAAUUCUCCUUGAUGAUGAGGUUCCUAGCAAGAAAGCUAGUCUUCUUACUAUUGAUUCCAGGUUGCUAGCUGGUGCUCAUGUUUCUGAUGUUGCUGAUUUGGCUGAGAUGACUCAAGGGGAGGGUACUUCCUCUCAGAAGACUCCUGAGACUCCUAUUGCUGCGCUUAUUGCGGUGUCUAAGAUGCUUCAGGACACAAUUACUAGUUGUACAUUGAGGAAGAAGAAUGUGGACACUCUCAUUCUGCAGUUGACUAAAGGCAAAAGGCCUCUUGAAGACAAUGCUGCUGAUGAUCAAGAUGUUGCUGGUACUUCUGAUGAUGACACUUCUGCUAGUGCUUAG